CCAGGCCUCAACACGUAUCUCAGUUUAGUAAUACAACGCACAAUAACUGGCCAGAAUUCCAUCAAAAUUAAAUUUUAAAGUAAAUCUAUGAACGAAAUGAAUGGCGAAAUGUCACUUCCGCCAUCAGCAGAGGCCACUCGUUGCCAUGGCUACGCGGGCUCGCGCCGAAACUCUCCUCAGUACAAACCCCAGCCAUGAAAGUUCCCAAGUCGCUUAUUUAUUAUUUAUAAAGUGUUUGUGCUGUAGUCUGUGGCCAGUCUGUACCCGCUCCUCCCUGCAGCAGAGGUCUUAGCGCGGGGAGACGACAGUUAUUUUCCUGUUUUUAGGGGAUUUUGAGGUAAUUUAGCCCAGUUUAGCUGCUAGCGCGAUGCUAAGCUCCCGCCCCAGCGCCCACAGCAGAGGGGACUGUCCAAUGUGUGUUGGUUCGGCUGGACGGCAGCGCAGACAGACCGGACACACAAACCGCUGGCAGUUGGCUCCGCCCCUCCCAGGUGAUCUACUGGGUCAGUCCCAGGUAAAGAGAGCGACGAGGGCGGGGCUCUGCGUCCACACGCCGCACAGAUCCACGCGCUCAGCGGACACACUCCAGCAGCGGCGUGACGACUCCCCGAGCCAGCAGCCGCCUCCUCUUCACGCCGGACUCUGCAGGACAUCGCAGAACAUCCAGCUGUCACACACAUCUGCAAAUCCUGAUCACGCCUUCUACAUCGUCUCUCAGGAGGUGGUCCAGAGCGCUCAGCCAGACGCAGUACUGGAGUGUUUCGGGAGCAUCUGGGAGCUGCACUGUCCGUACCUGUGUGAAUCAGAGACCCUCGCUGAGCUCUACAGCACCUCCAAGAAGCAAAGACACACACUGCUCCAGGAAAGAACCGAGAGCAGUGUAAGAGAGAGGUGUGUGUGGCGAGGAGGCAGGGAGAUGAGACUGAGACAGGACGCAGGAAUGGGGAAGAGUCGAGGCAGCCUCACGCGUCCCAUCCUGCUCCAGCUGAACAUAAACGAUCCCUGCAUCACGAAAGAGUCUCUUUCGUUUGCCCUGAGGUCUAUGUACCGGCGUGAUGCGUGUCCUGAUCAGUGGUGCGAGGCCGUGCUCUCUGCCGCCACCCUGCUGCGUCUCCCACAGCUUAAACAGAGGUGUCUGAAGGAGAUGAUAUCCAACAUCAGUUUUUCGACAGUGUGUGACUUUCAUCGAGUUUCCUGUAAGUACAAGCAGACGAGUCUUCAGCAGGCGUGCGAGCGAUGGCUGGAGCUGUUUCUCGUGACCGAGCUGUCGCAUCGCAUCGACCUCAGGGACUUGACCUUUGACCUCUUGCUGAAAACCCUGCAGUGCCCCAGAGUGUUCACAAGCAGCGAAUACGAGCUCCUCAGGACUGUGCUGUACUGGAUCUACCUGCAGUUUAACACCCGAGAACACACUCUGCCCUCACACAGCACCAUCAUCAGCUACUUCUGCAGGGCUUCUGGGAUUUUUCUGGAGCAGCCUUUGGGCCAAACGUACGCUCCUCUGUUCCAGGCUCUUCGUCUGCACGGUAUCACAGAGCGACAGCACAUGGAGGAGAUGCAGAAGAUCAACGUGUUCCCUCAUUCCUGGCUCCACUUCACCUUCUCUAACCUCGUCUACUCUAUCCACAGCGGAGGCAACAUGCACAUCACCAACUUUUCCAAGCAGGCCGUCCGCUUCGGAAUGACCGUCACCGGGGAACACUGCACUCACACUGUUGGUCUCUAUGGCUUCUACUUCCUGCUCAGAGCUUCUCGAGUUGGAGAAUCCGCAGCGUUUGCGUUCUCCAUGGAGAGGUUAAGACACUGGGACCCUGUGCUAGCAGAGAGCUGUAGGACAACGCAGCCGUUCAGCAUGAGAGCAGAGCGCUGCGUGUGCUAUCAGAUCAGCGUGCAAAGCCGUGUGUGUGGAGAAUGGCAGGAAAGGAGCAGCGGAGAACUCAAUCAAGUGUUUGGCUUGAGUAGACGCUGCUGCAGGAGCAAGGUGUUUACGGUGGACGGACUUGGUGUGCCUGCGCUGGUGAUGUUUUCCCUGGCCUUCCCAUCGGCAUGAAUUAGUCCAACAAUCCAAUAAUGAUAAUUCAGAUGUGUUUUUCCUCCUCGGCUGAUCACGAGUCCUCACUACAGAGCUCUCACUGCUAACAUGCUACACUUACAUGUGCUUACAUGAUACACACAGGAAUAAAACACUCAGUGUCGUGCUGUUACAGGAAACUAAUCAACACCCUGGUGUGGUGAAGCUGAUUACUUUCCUAUAACAGCACGUCCCCAGGUGUUUUAUUCCUCUUACACCACAGCACUUUGCCAACAAUUACUAUUAUUUUAUUUAUUAAAGAACUAUGCAUCAUAGUUUUUAUCUGUUUAUAGUUCCUGUUGUCACUUACGUUAUAGCAGCUAUAAACACUCGUUCCCUCACCAGCCUCUCUUUAUUCUCUCUCUUCAACUUAAUAAAACAAAAAAAAAAGCAAUUUGUUAGCAAGAAACCGCAAAGAAUCGUAAACUCCUCUGUCCUGAAGAUGUCGGAAAACUUAAAGUUACAGCUUCACCUCUGACUGUUACGAAGCGCUGACACUGGAGACUCCUUCCAUAAAUGUUACAUAAAUGUCUCCUUAAUUAUUAAUAAUUACACACGUUUUUAAUCUGUUUAUGUGGAGCGUCCGCUGUACACGUCCCUGUGAAUGAGCUGUUACUACGGAAACGAUAACGUAUUAGAACGAGCGCAUUAAUAUAAACCUGCGCUACUGUCAGAGCUGCUGUUAUAGAGAAUUAAUCAACACCUCCUGACCAAUCAGAAUGCAGAAUUCAGCAGCAAGUGUUUACACUGUGGCUAUGAUAAAUACAGUAUAAGCACUACUUAGGGAAGAUUACAGAAAGGUAGAAUUCCACAGUGUAAUUAAUUAUGUAUAAUAUAAAUUAUUUAUAUUUUUGUUUAUUCUGCACUAAAACUUCCUAUUUCAAGAUAUUCACUGAGGUUCUUUGUUGCAGUGAGACUAGUUUUCCUCCUUCUCUUUAAGCACGUCAGGUCUCCAUUGUUCUCAAGCGCCCCUGUUUCAGAGGAAAGGAAGCGAGCUUUGGACACGACACAGGAAAUACUCCCUGACCCCGUUUGCUUCGAGUCCAUGACGUUCCAGUUUCUUUCGAUCCGAGAGCCGGUUCUCACUCCCAAACCUAUUUUAAGAGAAAGAGCAAAGCCGAUUAGCAGAAAAGAGAUACGCAGGUGAUUUCCACCACACGAUGUACGAGUGUAGUAGGAGUGGGACGAUUAAUAUACAGUAUAAUCACAGUAAAUUGAUUUCUUAUCAGCAGCAGUAUCAGCUCCUGUUGUUGCUGUAGAAGGUUUAAAGCCAGGACGUUCCUGCACAGGAGAUGAAUAGAAGCGAUUUUGAAUCUGUGCUUUAAUUGCAGGUGUGUUUUAGCCACGUUUUAUUGCAGACGGUGAAACCAUUCGGACCAAACCACAUCGUGACACGCAUAGACCAGUCAAGGGCUCCUUUAACAGGAAAAUAAAUAAUAAUAAUAAUUAUUAUUAUUUAAAAAAAAUAAUAAAACACACACAACCAUGCAAUGGUUUUUUUUUAUUUAUUUAUUUUUGUUUAUUAUUAUUAUAGGCACAGAAUUAGGCACAAGAUUUAAAUGUGUAGAAUGAUAUAUUUUUUAAGCCAGAGAGCUGUUGUUUUUUAAUUAAAAUCGCCAUUAGAUUCCAGUUGAGGUUAUUUAUAAAUAUAAAUACUUUAAUAAUGGUGGGAAACGAUGAUCGCUAUCAAAGAAUGAGCUGGCUAGCAUGACUAACUAGCUACCUAACACAGCUAACACCAGUGUUUGUGAGUGUUUGUAUAAUACGGUCCAGCAAAGUGUUAAUGAAAAAGAAAUCCAAUAAAACCAUCCUCAGAAAACUCCUCAUUUAUCGGAGCAGUCUGAAAGUUGUCCUGUGAGCACACGUGAUUGACAGCCCUCUAUCUGAGACUGUUCGAAUUAACUCACAAGUGGGAAGUCUGAACUCGGAAUUACAUCAUUUUACAAAGUUAGACAGCUACUUUUAGUGAUCAUGAAGUCACAAGCGCUCACACUCUCUGCGGCUUUGCAUUGACCGUCACGUACAAGUGCUCCAGUGCUGCAGGUGGCGCUGUUAAAAUUUCAUGACACUUCAAAACCACUGGAAGAUUAAUUAUGGAUUAAUUAUGGGUAAAUUAUGGCAAGUUGUUGAAGUUAAUAAAGAAAUGAAAGAGGGGGAAGAAGAAGUGUUUAUUUCGUUCCAUAUUUACAGAGAGAAAAGAUAAAAAAAAUAAGAUGUAUGCGGUACAUGAGACUUUAAUAAAUCAAGGGUUGAUGGUUUUAGCAUGCCAUGCUUGGACUGAAUCGGUGAGGACACGCAUCGUUUGUAACAACCAGGGUUAUUAUAGUUUUAAAAAUAUUACUCGUUUUUGUUUUUAUUUCGUUUUUGUAUUUUGGUUUUCAAUUUCAGUUUCGUUUCAGUUAGUUUUAAUGGUGCGUAAAUAGUUUUGAUUUCAUGUUCAUCUUUUGAAAAUCAUUACUUUCAGUUUGUAUUUACUUUUACUAUGAGUUUAGUUUUUAAUAUCACGGUAAAUGCCUUGAAAUUUGUAAAUGUGUCGUACUCGAAAAAAAUCCCAGAUGGGGCUCUUUCUUUCGCUAUCUAUUAAUCUCGCCAUUUAUGAUUCUGCAACACUGAUGGAUUCACUCCGUUCCACCUCUGUUCUUAAGUCAGACCAGCCAACACGUAAAAUCCGAAAACACGAGUUUUAUUCUCUGAAGUUCUGUUUAGUUUUCGUUCGUAUUGCAGGUGGACGUUAUAGUUGCAGUUUAAAUUAAAAACAGUUUACUUUUCGUUUAUUUUGAAACUCACAUUUUUAUUUUUAUUUCAGUUAACGAAAAUGUUUUUUUCACUGAGUUUUAGUUUUCGGGAUAGUUUUCGUUAACGAUAACAACCUUAUUAACAACCAAUCACAGGCUUUGUCACGUAGUGUUUUCGUCCCAGCUGCCAUGUGCAUGACACAGCAUCCUAAGCCUGAAGUCAGAAGUCAGAAUUACAUCAUUCUCAACAAGACGUACUUAUUUUCCCAGAGCAGAGAACUGUAAGGUCAAUGUUCUACUUUUAACCAACUGUAACCUCGUAAAUUAGGGAACUGCUUACGUUAUUUACUGUUGGCGUGAGCAGGCAUAAAGAUCUCCCUGACUUUCCAAGUUGAGGGGAGUUUUCUUCGGUUUUUCCUGGACUGAAUUUUAGAUUUAGUCGAACACACAGCGAUAGUCCGCAUUAGUGAUAAACAUUCACACCAA